AUGGCACCAAGCACUGAUAGUCUGUCACAGACAGGCUCUACGACUACGAUUGUUAGACCGCGGAAACAAAGGCCAAUUGAGGCCACAAAGCUCUCGACCAAGAACCAGACUUUGACCGAUGCAGACGUUUGGGGUCGUGCAGGACUUGGACGGUCGUGGCUGCGUUCUCUUGUUGGAGCUUCGCCGCUGUUUCUUGCACCAAUUGGAUCGAUAUCCAUCUUCAUUACGCUUGCCCAAUACGAAGGAUCAUUCUCACUCUUUACAGCAGCAGUGAAAGAGCAAGGCUUCUGGAAUAUCUGCGCGCAGUACGGGCCUCAUAUCACCCUCAAGGGUAUUGCGGCAGUGGUAUUCUGGCUCGCCGUCCAGGCAGUUCUGUACAUCUUUCUCCCCGGGGAAAACCACCAGGGACAGCUUACACCGGCUGGAUAUCUUCUUGACUACAAGAUCAAUGGCCUCUCAGCCUGGAUCGUGACGCACCUUCUGUACGGCUGCCUCAGCUGGUUCGGGAUUUUGGAUCCUGGUUUCAUACCCCGCAACUGGAGCACUUUGAUUGGGGCUAUGAACUUGGCUGGCUUCGUUAUCUCGGCACUUGCUUUUGUCAAAGCGUACGUGGUGCCAUGCCAUCCAGAAGAUAGAAAGUUCAGUGGAUCCGCUUUAUAUGAUUUUUUUAUGGGAAUUGAGUUGAAUCCACGACUUGGCGAUAAAUUUGACCUCAAGCUGUUCAGCAAUGGUCGCGCUGGAAUGAUGGUGUGGACUUUGAUGAUGGCUUAUCAGUACCAAAAUCAGGGGUACGUUGAGCCAUCACUAAUUCUAGUGACAACACUUCAAACGCUCUACGUGCUGGACUUCUUCAUCAAUGAAUCAUGGUACCUUCGGACGAUCGACAUUGCUCAUGACCACUUUGGCAUGUAUCUGAUCUGGGGCUGCUUUUGCUUUCUGCCGACAACAUACACGAUACAAGGGCAAUACCUUGGCCUUUACCCAUCGUCAGCCUCAACGUCCUACCUUGCAUUCUUCUUUACCCUCGGGGUAGCAGGCUACGUGCUCUUCCGCGUUGUCAAUCACCAAAAAGACAUGGUCCGCCGAACAGGGGGUGAAUGCACCAUCUGGGGUAAGCCGGCCGAGUGCAUCUCAGCACGCUUCCGAACAUCGGAUGGCAGACAACACACGAGCUUGUUGCUCUGCAGCGGCUUCUGGGGCUGGUCCCGGCAUGCAAACUAUGUAGGGGACUUGUUGCUCAGUUUUAGUUCGUGUGCACUGGUCGGUAGCACAAAGGCUGUGGUGUGGUGGUAUGCCCUCUGGAUGCUUGUGUUGCUUGUUCAUCGGUGCAUACGUGAUGAGAGGAGAUGUUCAGUGAAGUAUGGAGACGCCUGGACUGAAUACUGCAAGCGCGUACCAUGGCGAUUUAUUCCUGGUAUCUGGUAA